UUCUUAUUAUUGUUGCCUCUUCUCGUUCUUCACUCAUUCACCAUUCCCAUUUGUUUUAUUCAUGCGAGGAGUCGUUUUAGGAGUUGCUGUCGUCGCCUUGGGAAUAGUGCUCUUCCGGGUUUUCUUCUGACUGUUUAACCUGAGGGCGAAAUUUGUGCUCACUUCACUGGAAAAUUCGUGGGGCAUGGGUGUGUGAUGGAUAUAUGGAUGUCAUGUGGGUUUAUCGAAAAAUCUGAAGCUACCACUGUACUGAAGGUGGUACUCACUGAACUAUAAGGAGUGUAGCUAAUGGAUCCUGAAUAUGGGAAGUGUUGGGACACCUCCAAGAAGAAUUCUUGGAAGACUCUUCUGCUUCUGGCCUACGAAAGCCUUGGUGUAGUUUAUGGGGAUCUGAGCAUUUCCCCAUUAUAUGUUUAUAAGAGUACAUUUGCAGAAGACAUUCAACACUCUGAGACUAAUGAAGAAAUUUUUGGAGCUCUUUCUUUUGUCUUCUGGACUCUGACUUUGGUGCCGCUAUUCAAAUAUGUGUUUGUGGUCCUUCGAGCUGAUGAUAAUGGAGAGGGUGGUACCUUUGCCCUAUAUUCCUUGAUUUGCAGGCAUGCUAAAGUUAGCCUUCUACCCAACAGACAGAUUGCUGAUGAAGCGCUAUCUACAUAUAAAAUGGAGCAGCCUCCCGAUAGAAACAGUUCUAGAGUGAAAAAAUUACUUGAGAAGUACAAGGCCUUGCAUACAGCUCUGCUAAUUGUGGUUCUUCUUGGAACUUGUAUGGUAAUAGGGGAUGGACUUCUUACUCCAGCCAUUUCUGUCUUUUCGGCAGUUUCUGGUCUUGAGGUAUCCAUGUCCAAGAAACACCACCAGUAUGCAGUGAUCCCCAUCACCUGUUUCAUACUGGUGUGUUUGUUUGCACUUCAGCACUAUGGUACACACAGAGUGGGAUUCCUUUUUGCACCAAUUGUGCUGACAUGGCUCCUAUGCAUCAGUACACUUGGCUUAUAUAAUAUAUUCAAAUGGAAUCCCCAUGUAUAUAAAGCCCUUUCGCCAUACUAUAUGUUCAAGUUUUUGAAGAAGACAAGGAUAAGUGGAUGGAUGUCUUUGGGUGGAAUACUGUUGUGCAUAACAGGCUCAGAAGCUAUGUUUGCUGAUCUUGGGCAUUUCUCAUAUGCGGCCAUUCAGACUGCAUUCACCUUUCUGGUGUAUCCUGCACUUAUAUUGGCAUAUAUGGGUCAAGCUGCUUACUUGUCAUAUCAUCAUCAUCCCAGCCAUGAGAUCAGUUUUUAUGUCUCGGUGCCAGAUAAGGUGAGGUGGCCAGUGCUUGUCUUGGCCAUUUUGGCUUCUGUUGUGGGAAGCCAAGCAAUCAUCAGUGGAACAUUUUCCAUCAUAAACCAGAGUCAAUCACUCGGUUGCUUCCCGAGAGUGAAGGUUGUUCAUACAUCAGACAAGAUACAUGGUCAGAUCUACAUACCCGAAAUCAAUUGGAUCCUAAUGAUCCUCUGUAUUGUGGUGACCAUUGGAUUCAGGGAUACAAAACACAUGGGAAAUGCAUCUGGUCUUGCAGUGAUGACUGUGAUGCUGGUGACGACAUGCCUUACCUCCUUGGUGAUUGUAGUUUGUUGGCACAAACCCCCAAUCAUAGCUCUCUGCUUCCUACUGUUCUUUGGUUCUGUUGAGCUGUUAUAUUUCUCAGCUUCACUGACAAAGUUCCGGGAGGGCGCAUGGCUUCCCAUCCUCCUUGCCCUCUUCCUUAUGACCAUAAUGCUGGUUUGGCACUAUGCAACCAUCAAGAAAUAUGAAUUUGACCUCCACAACAAGGUUUCCCUAGAGUGGCUGUUAGCCUUAGGUCCAAGCUUGGGAAUUGCUCGGGUGCCCGGAAUUGGCCUAGUAUUCACUGAUCUAACAUCUGGCAUCCCGGCUAACUUCUCUCGUUUUGUCACCAAUCUCCCUGCAUUCCACCGCAUCCUUGUCUUUGUAUGCAUAAAAUCAGUUCCAGUCCCUCAUGUCCCUUCUGCAGAGAGGUACCUUGUCGGCCGGGUAGGGCCUGCUAACCAUCGGUCCUACAGGUGCAUAGUCAGAUAUGGAUACCGGGAUGUUCAUCAGGAUGUUGACUCCUUUGAAGCUGAACUAGUACAAAAGUUGGCCGAUUUCAUCCGCUAUGACUGGUACCGGUCACGAGUAUCUAGCUUAAACACUGAGGACGAUGCUUCAAACUCCAAUGAAUCAGCAAGUCACAGGUUAACGGUGAUAGGAACAAUCGGAUUCUCUGGGAUGCCAGCUUACGAGAUUGAGGAGACUCUGCAGCCAGCAAGCGUUUCAGUGGGGUUCCCAACUGUCGAAAGCGUGACUGACGUCAUAGAGAUGGAACCACUGGGUGUGACUCAAAGACGAGUAAGGUUUGCCAUUGAUGAUGAGAACGAGAGGAGUGAGGCAGGUGUGGAAAUGCAAGAAGAGCUGGAAGAUUUAUAUGCUGCUCAGCAAGCAGGGACAGCAUUUAUACUAGGGCACUCUCAUGUGAGAGCAAAGCAAGGGUCAUCCCUGAUAAAGAGAAUGGCUGUUAACUAUGGCUACAAUUUCCUGAGAAGGAAUUGCAGAGGCCCUGACGUGGCGCUUAAGGUUCCACCUGUGUCUCUCUUGGAGGUUGGGAUGGUUUAUGUUGUGUAGAGUAGGGUCAUGCAUGUAAUAUGGGUAACAAGUACAGGCUUCAAAAUGCCAAGCAUUGUGUAGUCAAAGGGGCUUCUUGUCUUGUAAUUGGCACUUGAAAGCUCUGAUGCUAUUGCUAUGUUUUUGGAUUAACUUCUAUUCCAACUAUUUUACUUGUGUUUUCCUUUCCA